AUGUGCAGUUCUGCAGUCACGCUGUCCUAUAGACACAGACCACCCCAAGGGGUGUGGACGUGGGGGGUGCCUGCGGGGGUGCCCGCCACACCCCCCAACCUGCUUCAGCCCAGAGCUGCUGGGCUCGUCUUCAGUGACUCAGUUUGCAGCUGGAAUUGCAGGCAGGGUAUUCUGGCGGCCCCCUGGGGCCCCAACGUGGGCCUCCUCCCUCUUCGCCACCUUUGCACUCAUGAAAGGUCACUAAAGAUGAGGGAGCUGAAGAAGACUAUUGGUGCUUUUGCUAACAUGUUUCUGUCUUACUGGUUGAUGUGA